AUGGAUAAGUUUCUCAUCAAGUUACCAAAGCCAAAAGAUGGCCAACCAAGUUCUAGCUCUAAUCAACCAUUUGUGAGUUCACAAGUUGCUCCGGAAGUUCAAAGACAUACAAAUUCUUUUCCACUUUCAAAUAUGGAUAAUAUGCUUGAUUUUAAAUCUCUUGAAGCAGAUCCCAAAGAUCGAAUGCCUAUUUCAUCUUAUGGUCCUAAUAUUCGAGAUGCGGUAAGGAGGUAUUACAUUCAAAAAAAGUCAUGUCAGCCUGUUGAUCAUAUCUUCCCUAAAACUAAGUUUGGAGAAAAAAUGCGUCAAUUUCGACCAACUUGGUUUAAGAGAAGAUCUCAAUGGUUGGAAUAUAGCAUUAAAGCAGACGCGGCAUUUUGUUUGUGUUGUUAUUUGUUCAAGAAUGAACUUGAAAGUCGUGGAAAUGUCGGAGAUUCAUUUACAAGAGAUGGUUUUAGGUGUUGGAACAAAGCUUUAGAAAGAUUCAAAAAACAUGUUGGUAAGGUAAAUAGUAUCCAUCAUAAAUGUUUCAAUAGGAUGCAAGAUUUGAAAAACCAACGACAAUCGAUCCAAUCUUCUUUUGACAAGCAAAGUGAAAAGGCAAGAAGUGAUUAUCGGAUGCGUUUAAAUGCCUCAAUUGAUGUAGCAAGAUUUCUCUUGACAUCGGGAUUUCCAUUUCAUGGGCAUGAUGAAAGUGAAGGUUCUGAAUAUAAGGGUGCUUUUCUUGAACUUUUGAAAUGGUAUGGGGAUAGAAGUUUUGAUGUGGGAAGAGUAAUAUUAGGUAAUGCUCCACAAAAUGAUAUGAUGAUUUGUUCGACAAUUCAAAAAGAUAUUGUGGAGGCUUGUGCUAAAGAAACAACUAAGGCUAUCAUUGAAGACUUGGACGGUGAUUAUUUUGGAAUAUUAGUUGAUGAAUCAAAGGAUGUUUCUCAUAAGGAGCAAAUGGCUCUAAUUUUGAGAUAUGUCAACAAAAGUGGAAUGGUGAUAGAGCGAUUCUUGGGUAUUGUCCACGUAAAUGAUACAUCUUCUCAAUCAUUAAAAAAGGCAAUUUAUUCUUUGCUUUUGGAUCACUCAUUAUGUACAUCCAAAAUACGUGGUCAAGGUUAUGAUGGGGCUAGUAAUAUGCAAGGGGAAAUAAAUGGUCUCAAGUCUUUGAUUUUACAAGAUACGUCAUCUGCAUAUUCUAUUCACUGUUUUGCUCACUAA